AAAGACUCGAUAAACGAUAGUAUUCUCUGUUUAUUUCAACAUCUAUUCUACCUUACCAGUAGGCCAUUGUUGUUGUUCCACCAAUAUACACUUGCCGCUUAUCUGUCUGUCUCGUAUCCAGCUAAUGAGUGGACUGUUUCGAAUCUAGCGCGUCGUCUACAGAAUAGCCUUUCUAUCAAAGGCAGUAUGAACAGACUUAGUAAAUAUCUAAUUGAGUUUCCGGAAGUUUGCCAUUGGCAAAAUAGUGCAGGUGAGUAUAUAGCUCAUUUGGCCUGCCAGUACGGACGCAGUGAAGUCGUCAUGCUAUUGGGUAGAUUGGAUUAUAACUUCAACGUGGAGUACAACGCUUGCGGAUAUUUGCCAAUUCAUAUCGCCUGUUACCACAAAAAUGUUGAUUGUGUUUUGGCGUUACAUUUAUGUGGUGCUGAUAUAAACGCAACAACAGAAUCCGAUUUGUGGACGCCACUACACAUUGCAUGUCAAAUAGGAUAUUUGCCAUUAAUUCAUGUACUUCUUCGUAUUGGAGCUCGGACAGGCGUAAGGAAUGUGUUCAACCAGACUCCUCAAGAUUUAGCCCGGGCAAUGGAAAACGAACAGGUGGUCACCCAGAACAGCGGUAAACAGAUGAAUCUUUAUCGAAACGUUGCAUCAAUUUCGCUUUCUUUUAAUGUUUGGCCCCCAUGUAUUGAUUUCUUACUUUGGGGUUCCUCUUAUUAUUCCUAUAUGCCUUUCAAGUUUCAUUUAUGUGAAACAAAACCAUCAUAUCUUUUAGUUUUUAUCGUGUUUGUAAUACAUUCCAUUUCCUUUAUGUUUAUCACAGUGAAUUUCAAUGUGUUUUUGUGUACAAUUGUGCCUUGA